CCAGAUGAGAACAUGAACGGUUCGGAUGCGCGCUGAUGCGGUGGGUACUGGCGAUUUGGAUCGAUGAAUCCAAUCAUCUGGUCAUCAAAUUGCUGGCCCGAUUCCCAAUUUUUUUUCGGAAGAGAGAAAAAAGAAAGAAUUUAGAAGGUGAGUGAAAGCCAAAAAAAGCAGAAGAAAUCAUGGCGGCGGGAGGAUUUUCAGCAACCCCACCACCGUUCUGUACCAUAUACGCUCUCCGUUCAUCCGCCGCCGAAACUAGCCGUUGUCUGGGGCCUCGCCAGAGCUCCGCCGUUGUCGGCCAUCAUCAGCGUUUCUGUUCCUCCCAUCUCAAGCUCGCCCCUGUGAGAUUUGCCGGUGUGCUCCCAAAAGUUAACAGAUUAAGGUGCAGUAGCAGCACCGGACCCGGGGGUCCUGGUCCUGGUGAGAGCGACAGCAGGAGCGUUCUGGAUGCAUUUUUCUUGGGGAAGGCUCUGGGGGAAGCGCUGUCUGAGCGUGUUGAGUCUACAGUAGGGGAAAUUUUGGGUGCACUUGGUAGAUUGCAAGCUGAGCAGCAGAAACAAGUACAAGACUUCCAGGAAGAGGUGUUAGAAAGGGCCAAAAGGGCCAAGCAGAAAGCUGCACGUGAAGCCAUGGGUACUACCGAUGUACCUGCUACUGUCAAUGUCAAUGCAGCUACAACUGUAACUUCAGCCAACGAGCCAGCGGCACUGGCAACUCCAUCCUCAUCAAAAUCAACUGCUCCAGAAUCAGAUGAUCUUACUAUAGACCCCAGCCCCAAUGACCAAGAGCCCCUUCAAGGAGUGUCAAAUGAGGGCUGAUGGUUCCAUCUCAUUGUAGCGUAGGCGGGCUUUCUAAUAACUAAGCUUCCAUGCUCUUCUAUGGUGUUUCCUAGCAAGUCACAGUUAUGGGUACUCAUCGCAAUAUGUGGGUGGUUUAGGCAGGCUUUCUAAUAACUAAGUUUUCAUGCUCUUCUAUAGCGUUUCCUAGCAAGUCACAGUUAUGGGUACUCAUCCAAAUAUGUGAGUGGUUUAGGCAUUAAAAUUUUCCGGCAGAAUUGAUGCUGCAAAUAGAAAAACAAUCAGGCUUUGGCCGUCAGUGUUGUGUAGAGAUGGAAACUCUUGUAAGAUAACCCAAUUUUAUAACUAAAGUAAAAUUCAACACAUUUUGUUUCAA